GGCGGCGUCCAUUUGAACCUACAAUUGAGAAUAUAAAAUGGUGGAACAAGCACUACAAGUGAGCAGGGCCAUUUCCCCUCAGGCUGGACCUAGCGAGGUGGAAAACCACAUUCUCUCCGAGAUCAACAUGAGGAGAGCUACUCAGCAAAUUGGACGUCAGCUGGCUCAGAUCGGAGAUGAACUGAACAGCACGUGGAGGGAGAAACUCCCUCAGCAACGACACCUAGACUGGCAGGUUCAUCCGAACAUACUGAUCUGGAGAGCCUUCAACAGGAGGAUCAUUGGCAGCCUUCAGUGGUCUAAGAUCAUGCCAAUGAUAAGAGCAUCCAGGCUGGUUCCAGAGCUGCACAUACAAGCCUGCCAGGGAACUAUGAAGUGGAUCAACUGGGUAAAGCCACACUUUCCUGGUUGGUCCUGCAAGACAAAAUGUUUCCUAGCUUCUGCUGCACUGCUGUUAGCUGCAACUGUCUUUACUGUAACCAAGAUUUAAGGCAACCAGAAAAAGGCCAAGAGCGGGUCUUUGGCGGGUC